GCGCAUGCGACAUGCGGUUUAAAUCUCCGUCACUCCGGGCGCGAUGCGUGUUGACGUUCGUGCACUUCCGAGAUGCUGAUGUUCCUGAUAUUUCCCUCGUUUUUCGUUCUUAUUAUUCUUGCCGUGUGCAGAACUUACUCGAGAAGAUCGAAAUCCGGCAAGAAUGUUUGCGUGGUCGUACUUGGUGAUAUCGGCAGGAGUCCGCGUAUGCAAUAUCACGCGAUUUCCUUCGCCAAAGAAGAAUUCACCGUAAACAUCAUAGGUUAUCCCGGCUCGCUGCCGAUGAAGGAAAUCCGCGAAAACGCGCGCAUACGGAUUCACUAUCUGCGACCACCUCCCGAAUUGCAAAAUAGAUUACCGCUUGUUCUGUGUUACGUAACAAAGGUGAUCUGGCAGACCGCUAAUCUUCUGUGGUCGUUAUUCUGCAAGCAAAGUGUGCCAGAUCUAUUGAUAUUACAGAAUCCACCCGCAAUACCAACGAUUCCAAUAUGCUGGUUUUAUUGCGCGCUAAUGGAAACGCAAUUUGCAAUCGACUGGCACAAUUAUGCGCAUUCGCUUAUGGCAUUAAGCCUGGGAAAAAAUCACAUUUUAGUUAGGGUAGCAAGAAUUAUAGAGAUAACUUUUGGACGCAUGGCGAAUAACAAUUUUUGUGUCACCAAGGCGAUGAAAGAAGAUUUAGAAAACACAUUUGCCAUUCAAGCUAAGGUUCUGUACGACAGACCAACGGAUGAGUUCCAUCCGAUAACUCUAACAGAAAAAAGUGACUUUCUACGCAAGUUAGCUGAACAAUAUGAUGUAUCCAUACCUCAAUCACCCAAAAGAUCCGGUUUCAUUGUGUCCAGUACUAGUUGGACGGAAGAUGAAGAUUUUUCAGUUCUGUUAAAUGCUCUACAAGAGUACGAAGAUACGUGCGAAGAUGGAGAAUUGAAUUUACCAGAUUUAAUAUGUGUGAUAACGGGCAAAGGACCUUUGAAGGAUUUUUACACAGCUAUUAUUAAUUUAAAAACUUGGAAGCACAUCACAGUAAAGACAUUGUGGCUUGAAUUUGAGGAUUAUCCAAAAAUAUUAGCUUGUGCAGAUCUUGGUGUUUGCCUGCACACAUCAUCCAGCGGACUAGAUUUACCAAUGAAAGUUGUCGAUAUGUUUGGUUGCGGCUUGCCAGUUUGCGCGUACAAGUUCAAAUGCUUAUCCGAGUUGGUAAGGCACAACGAGAACGGUUUUGUGUUUGAAAAUGAGACCGAAUUAGCUCAACAGUUGAAGAUGUGGUUUCAAGAUUUUCCCGAUAACGAGACACAACAACAGUUACGCAAAAACUUUCAACAGAAUAUGUUUACAUCUCAGCUGUACUGUAACGAUUGGCAUGGUAACUGGAAGUUUAAUGUGUUAUCUUGUUUCCAAAAAUGAAUUCCAUUUUAGUUUAUAUAAUUUUUGUUCCUAAUAUAAGUUUGUUUUACACAUGUUUUAUAUAAUCUCUUCAAUUAUUUCAUA